AUGAUCAAGCUUCGUUAUUUUUUUUCGAAUAUCCACAAAACAAAAGCAUAUAAAAAUCUGGUUAAAUAAUAGAAAGCUUAAGUAGAUUUAGUUCAGAAUUAUAUGAAUCAAAUGAAGGAAGCAAAAUCGUAAAUACCAUAUAUAUAAAAAGGGAAGAUGAGUUAAUAAAAUUGAAAUACUAAUCAAUGAAUGAGUUGUAAAGGAUAAAAGAAGAAUAAUCUGAGAUUCUAGAGUAAAUUAAAUUGGAAAAGAAAAAAAAUUUCGAGAAGCAUUUAAUUAGUAUGGAAGUUGAUCCUGCAGAUAUCUAAAAGCUUUAUAAAGGAAAACAAUAAAAAAAUAAAGAUGAAAUCGUAAUUGAUGAUGACAAGCAAAACACUAAUAACGAAUAGAAAAAGACAGAAAGAUAAGAGGAGACAAAAAUAAAUGUACCUCACAAUUUAGAAAUAAGAAACUUAGCAUCUCCUAUUAGAACUUAAGGACAUCUCAUUUUAUUUGGUGUUUAAAGACAUAAUGCACAACAUUCUUCAUAUAUUUAUGGUAAGAAGUUUAAUUAAUGGUUUUAGAUGCUCUAUUUAAUUUGAAACCAUAAGUUAUAUUGACCGAUUUGCCUGUAGAUGAUCCAUUUUUUAUCAAGACUGAGGGUAACUACACAUCAACUUGGAAAUCCUUUAUUGAAAGUAAACACACACCAACUUUCCUUAUUAAUCCAUAGCCAAUCACUUUAUCGGACAUUCACCUGCAUAGAAAUAAGGUAAAAUGGAUUUUUGAAAACAAUAUAUCCAAGAACCCUUCAUUUAUUAUCAAUCCAACUAAUAUCAGUGAAAUUACUAAAUCUAUGUUUGAUAAGGAAAUUUAAAUCAUAGAUAUUUUGAAAACUCCAUUUUUAUUUAGUUAUCAUCACUCCACACCAAUUGUAAUUAAUGGAUAUCCAGAAAUAAAUUAUCGAUAUUUUCUGGCUGAGAACUUUGAAUUAGAUAAUCUAAGAUAGUUAUUAAAUGAGAAGAAGAUUGCCAAACAAGAAAAAAAAAGAAACUUUGAUCCAUUCCUAUUAAAACCAGACUUGUUUAUUUUACCAAAAAUUAAAUUUAUGGUUGAAACAAUUAAAAUGAGUAAAUUGUUAUUUUGAUUUAAGCAUUAACAUCCUAUAGUACAGGGAUAAUUAUAACAGAAUCUAACAAGAUUAAUUAAAUUGAAGAAGAAUGGACAACGUCCGCUCAUCGAUUUAUAUCUACGGAUUUAAGAACUUAGAUAUAUCCCAUUAAACCCAUUAAAGAGACGGAAGAGUUUAUUAAGAAAUUAAUUAUUUUGGAUGAACUCAUCUCACCAUACAUUUAUAAUAAUUUUGUAAGGUAUAAUAGCUUCCCUUAUCAAUUUAAUUCACAUUUUAAGGUAAGUUUAUAAUAAUUUUGGGAUAAUUACAAGAAUUAAUUAUCUAGAUGA